AUGGAUGAGAAACAGCCCGCAGUAGAGCCACAACCAGCGAAAGCUGACCGCGCGGAUGACGCUGUGGUUUAUCUUGAGGGCCAUGCGCAUGGCGCGGACGGUCCACAGGUCGAUCUGCGGGCCCUGCGUCGGAAGAUCGAUUUGCGAUUGAUGCCAUAUAUGUUUUGCUGUUACAUCUUACAGUUUCUCGACAAGGUUAUGCUAAAUUAUGCGGCCGUUAUGGGAAUCAAAAAAGAUCUGAACCUUGUUGGAAAUGACUUUUCCAAUACUGCUACUUGGUUCUUCAUUGCUUAUUUGAUUGCAGAAGUUCCCAACGUGUAUUUCUUACAAAAGGCUCCCCCUGCUAAGUGGCUCGGCGGAAAUGUUUUCCUUUGGGGCGUCGCCGCGGCCGCCUCCGCUGGUGCCCAGAAUUACCGCGGCCUGUUGGUUGCCCGCAUUUUCCUAGGUAUCUUUGAGGCCACUGUUGGUCCAUCAUUAAUGCUCCUGAGCAGUCAAUACUACACUCGCAGCGAACAAGCCCCUCGGUUUACCGUCUGGUAUAUGGGUCUUGGCGUCGCCCAGAUCUUGGGAGGUCUUAUUUCCUUCGGCUUCCAACACGUACACCAUGCUUCAUUAGAUGGCUGGAGAAUUAUGUUCAUUGUUCUUGGGCUCGUCACGGCUGUGGUUGGAUCAUUGACAUUUUUCUUCAUCCCGGAUACACCAAUGAAAGCCUCCUGGUUGACUGAGCAUGAGAAGGUUGCCCUCCUUCAACAUGUAAGCGAAAACCAGACCGGGGUAUGGAGUACAACUAUGAACCUGAGCCAGAUCUUGGAGGCCGUGUUGGAUCCCCAGCUAUGGCUCCUGACAGUGACGACAAUUUUGACUAACGACUGCGAUUGCUAUCAGAUCUCUGUCUCAAGUGGUGUUGUGACAACCUAUUCGGCCACUUUAAUUGCUGGAUUCGGCUUCACUGGUCCCAUAUCGGCUCUCCUCAACAUGCCCUCGGGAAUCGUCAGCAUUUUCUUCACAUUGCUGGUUGGCUUUGGAAUUCGAAAGACUUCUCACCGCUGGGCAUGGAAUGCCUUCUGUACCAUUCCUGGUAUUAUUGGCGGAGCCCUGUUGUCUUUCAUGCCGAAGAGCAACAAAGCAGGUGUUCUGAUUGGCAUCUAUCUGGUGAACGCAAUUGUAGCCACCCUGCCAAUUCUAUACCAGUGGACGAUGGCAAAUUGCGCCGGUCACACAAAGCGUGCAUUCUCCAGUGCUCUGGUCGCGGGCUCUUUCUCGAUUGGAAACAUUAUCGGUCCCCAGACAUUCCAGGCACGCGAUGCGCCAGAAUAUCGACCCGCCAAAGUUGCCGUUCUUGCUACACAGGCUGCUGCGGCUGUGUUAUCUGUUGUGCUUUUCGGCUACUACAAGUGGCAAAAUCGCCGCAGGGACCAAGCCAAGGGUCCUGUCAAUGAGGAUAUGAUUGAUGAGAUCAAGUGGGCUGGCCUCACAGAUAAGCAAAAUACGUCCUUCCGCUAUGUCUACUAG